AUGACUUCACUUUGUGCUGAAAAGAAGUUGCAUGUGGCAGGGCGUCUGGGCGUCUCUACGGUGGAAGCCUUGAUCGAACAAGGACCCAGUGGCGCCUUGUCAGCGGCAUUGUCGAAUGGGUCGAAGCUUUGGGAAGCGGUGGGAAGCAAUGGGAAUGCGGCCAGAGUGCAGGCAGCGAUCAAGAAAGCCGGGGAGGAUGCACUGAGUGAUCCAGCCGUUCAAACUGAGAUUCUCAAGGUGGCCCAGGAGAAAUUUCCAGAGGUUGCAUCUGCCGCCAAAGACAAGAUCUUGGAAUGGGCCAAUGAUCCACAGGUCGUUUUCGGAUUGACGAUGGGGACAUGUGGAAUGCAAAUGAUCCGCAUGUCUGAACUCAAGAAGAAAGAGCAGAAACUCGGGGAGAGCCGCAAAUUGUUCAUCCUGGGCAUGGCUAUGAACAUCUUGCUUGGCCCUCUGUUUGAUGUCGCUGGCUAUGCCUUUGCGGCGGUGAUCAAUGCUGUCAUUGCUCCCUUCACCUUAUGUGAGAAGCUCACAAACCGCAGAUUGAUUGCAUCCGCCAUCAUCUUUAUCACGGCCACGGCGUCGAUGCUGUUCAAACAUCACAAUGAAGAUGAAGAGGUCUGGACCUUAGAACGUGCUGAAACUGUUCUCUUGCGAUGGAGCGUCUUGGUCUACUGCUUGGUCUUUGCUCUGUGGUUCUGUGUGAAUGUGUGGCUUCGCAGACGUUCGGCGAAAGGUUCGGUGCUACGAGGAUUCUCGUUGGGAGCCACUGCAGGCUCCAUGGCAGGGAACAUGUGGUGCACGCGCGUGGCAGCAGUUUUCGCAGCUGACUGCGCUUCUGCACACGUUUGCAGCCCCUGGGGGCGCUGGCUCCCAUGGAUUGUUUUGACUGGAGCGGUGUUUUUCGCUGUGGUUAAUGCGCCAUACAUGGCGAAGGGCAUGCAGAAAUACGAAGCUCUCUAUAUGGUGACGGUGUUCCAGGGGUCCAACAUUGUCUCAAACAGCCUCAGUGCACUCAUCAUCUUGCAGGAGAUGGACGGAGCACCUUGGUGGAAACUGCUAGGCUACAUCGGGUGCAUCGUGGUCAUGAUUGGGGCGCUUUGGUUCUUAGUCUCAGGGGAAGAAGCCGUUUGUCCCAGCAACGAACUGGAUGACGAUCUGCGACGCAUGCUUUCCAUGGAAGAAGGCAGUGAACUUGAAGACAGUGAAUCGGAAGACGAACCUGAUCUGAUGGACUUCGUCCGCGCAAUGUCGCUGGACCAAUUUUCACCACUGUCAUUUUCUUCAUGGUUAUCGAAUGCAGAAGAUUCACAAGAUGGGGAAGGAUCGCGGGAGGAGCAACAACAAGAGGAGUCUGACAAUGACUGAAAGUGAGAAAACUCCCACUGGCAGAUCAAGGGGCAAAGCUUCCCCCUAUGCUUGAAGUUUUUGGUGCAUUUGACAUGUUUGACCAAUGUAAAAUGCCGACCUGCUAAGAAGAUGACUUCACUUUGUGCUGAAAAGAA